UAGUUAGAUUAGACCAAAAUACUACUAGUACCUUAAUAAACAAAUAAAUAAAUAAGGUGAGAGAAAAAAAAAAUGUAGAGGAACCUGGAAACUUCCACGAGGUUUUCGGUGAAAACCAAAUUUGGGGCUUUGCAUCGCAAGAUUUACCCUUUCCAAUCAAAAUUCUUCUGCCUUCCCCUACCAAUUCUUUCUCUCAACCGAUUUAUCUGAGUGAGGGGUUUGGCCAAUGACGAGUGGUUUUGGUGAAUCAACGAGAGCGUCUGCACCGAGCCCAUCAUGCUCGGGGAACAGUUCAAACGAUGCCGGUGAUUUUGAAUGCAACAUAUGCUUCGAUUUGGCGCAAGACCCUGUGAUCACACUCUGUGGUCACCUAUUCUGUUGGCCAUGCCUUUAUAGGUGGCUCCACCAUCACUCCCAUUCUCAGGAAUGCCCUGUUUGCAAGGCCCUUGUGCAGGAAGAGAAAUUGGUUCCUCUUUAUGGAAGGGGCAAAACACAGACUGAUCCCAGGACCAAGUCAUAUCCUGGAAUGGAGAUCCCCCACCGUCCUUCCGGGCAGAGGCCGCAAACCGCGCCACCCCCGCCACCUCCUGAGGCUAACCCUUUCGGGAGUUAUGGGUUUGGACUAAUGGGAGGGUUCAUUCCUAUGGCAACUGCUCGAUUUGGAAACUUCACGCUUUCCACUGCCUUUGGCGGGUUUAUCCCGUCCCUACUCAACAUUCAUUUCCAUGGGUUUCAGGAUGCCACUGUCUAUGGGACAACGUCUGGUUAUCCCUUUGGGUUUAAUGGCUUUCAUGGAGGGAACACGCGGGGUUUUACGCAGGCAACUGGUCAAGUGCAGCGGCAGGAGGAUAAUGUUUUGAAGAAUCUGCUUAUGUUGAUUGGGUUUCUUGUCCUUCUUACGGUAAUUUUUGUGUGGUAAUGGUCGUUCUGUGUUGAGGUUACAAUGCUUCUUAAGGAGUUGCGUGUGUAAAUAUUUUAACUGGCUUUAUGAGGGAAUUGUAUGCUUGAGAGUGCUGCCACUUUGGCUCUUUAUUAACUGUAUUAUAAGCAUAUGCAGUAAACUUGAAUGCUGCCUAUUUGUCUUUA